UCGCGACACGCAAGCCUCUCUCUCUCUCUCUGUCUCUACUUGAACUGACUGCUGCACAGUUCCAAAUUCGCAGUGUAUUUAGGUCUGAUGGCUUCCAGCAGUGCCGCGGGAGGAAAGGCGGAGAGAGGGAACGCAGCAAGGGGCCGAGGAAAGGAUGGCGCGAAUCUGGAGGGUGGCUCGCUGAAGCGGAAGAGAGGACUUUUCAACAAAGACCUGCGGCUGAUGAUGUAUGGGUUCGGUGACGAUCCUGAUCCUAUUCCUGAGACUGUGGAGCUGGUCGAAGACAUACUCAUCAACUACAUCACGGACAUGGUGCACAAGUCUGCAGAAGUUGCAUCUCGCCGCGGGAAACUUCAGACAGACGAUCUGGUCUUUCUUAUCCGGAAGGAUGUGAGGAAGUUUGCGAGAGUGAAGGAGCUGCUUCAUAUGCACAAAGAGCUCAAGCGAGCGAGGAAAGCUUUUGAAGUGGACGAGGAGAAGUUCAAAGAUGAGGCUGUUCUUGGUUCAGUGUUGCUGCACCUCAUGAAGAAUGCAGACAUCCGGAAGUGGUUUGUGCGGCAAAAUGGGAAGGAGGCUCCAUCACAAGCGGCAAACAGUCUUGCUACAGCCAAGCAAACUGGCGAGGAGGAUGGAAAAAAAGCAGAGACUGCAGUUUUUGAGGAGCGUGAGAAAAAGGGAAAGGGGGAUGGAAACAUUGUUGCGAGUAAAGACACAGUGGCGCUCAAACAGUUGAAGGCAGUUUCAGCCCCUUUGGUGCAGAAUGGGUCAAUUGUUACACCUGAGAAAAAACCUUUGCAGCAGACAAAACCUGCACCCCAGAAGGUCAUUGUCGAGGGCAUGGAUGCAGCACGAGCGAAACGGAAAAGCACUCAUGAGCACGAAGAAGAGGACAGAUACAGUGACGAGGACGACGAGGAGCAGGACAAGUUCGAUGGACCCUUGCCCAAGAAACAUCGGGGCGGCACAGGUACUGGACGUGGUGCGCCAGGAGCAGCUGGUGGGGCAGCAGCUGGAGGAAGAGGAGGGCGAGGAGGCUGGGGCGGUGGAAGAGGCGCAUUCUUCGGGCAGCCACGUGCUGCGCCGCCGCACAAGGGAGAGAAGGAGAUCCCUGAAGGAGAUGAAACGUGUCUGAAGGGGUUAACAUUUGUCAUUAGUGGAACUCUCGACAGUUUGGAGAGGGAGGAGGCCGAGGUGCUGAUUAAGAGCCAUGGAGGCCGGGUUACGACGUCUGUGAGCAAGAAGACAAACUUCCUUCUCGCCGAUGAAGAUGUCGGCGGCAGGAAAUCGCAGAAGGCAAAGGAGCUGGGGAUCAAGUUCCUUACGGAGGACAAACUCUUCGACAUGAUUCGGGCGUCGGCGAAGAAGCCUGUCGAGAGUUGGAAGGCCUCAAAGGCUACCGAUGAGCACCUGCCUUUGGCAGUGACAGCUGAACAACAUUUGCCCCCUAAGCCUGUACAUGUGCAGAACUCAGAUAAGGCUCCAUGUGAAGACAGAGGUAAGGCCCCUCUCUUACGGCAAGGGAUUGACCAAGGACGAGGAGGAAGUAAAGGAGCUGGUGAUGCAGAUGUCGUGCGAGGUUUGGUACCACACAAUAAAGGAGUUGUUGAAAGUGAGAGGUGGAAGGCAGAUGGCGCGACUACCGAUCCACGCGUAACGGAUGCGGCAUCAGCGGCAUGGCCUUUGAAAUAUGCACCGAAGAACUUCAAUGAGCUUGUGGGAAACCAGUCAUUGGUCAAACAGUUGCACGAUUGGCUGCAGAGUUGGGAAAGGUAUCAUCUCCAUGGAGGAGCUGCAGCGUCAGAAGGAGCGGCGGGAAGGGGACGGGGACGAGGGGCUGCCAAGAAGGUUGGCAGUUCGUCAAGCGGGCCCGAUUUUGAUAAGAAGGCUGCUUUGCUGAGUGGGCCGCCUGGAAUCGGGAAGACGACGACCGCAAAGCUCGUCUGUGAAGCGCUUGGUAUGGACGUGGUGGAGGUGAAUGCGAGUGACAACAGGAGCAAGGCAGAUACCAGUGUUCUGAAGGGGAUUGGCGGAAAAAUGAGCAAUGCGGUUAAGGAGAUGGUGAACAACAAGCCUCUUUCGGUUACGGAAGGUGGGCAGCAGGCGAGGCGGAUGGUGCUCAUCAUGGAUGAGGUGGAUGGAAUGUCUGGAGGUGACCGGGGCGGGAUUGCUGACUUGAUAUUGACCAUCCGUGCGAGCAGGAUCCCCAUUGUUUGUAUUUGUAAUGACCGGUACAGUCCUAAACUGAAAUCACUCACGAACCAUUGCAUGCAUCUUCUGUACCGGAGGCCAACAAAACAGCAGAUGGCAAAGAGGCUCCAACAGAUUGCAGUGAAGGAAGGAAUGAAGGUGGAUGACAUUGCGCUGGAAGAGUUAGGCGAGCGUGUGAAUGGGGACAUGCGAUCGGCACUGAAUCAGCUGCAGUACAUGAGCCUGAAGUCGAAGGUCGUCAAGUUCGCUGACAUGCGAACGAGGCUUAUGGGGAGUGCCAAGGAUGAAGACCUGACUGCGUUCACAGCGAUCGAUAAGUUGUUUUCAUUUGAUGGAGGCCGCAUGCGGCUGGACCAGAGGCAGGAUCUGGCCAUGGUUGAUCCGGAUCUUGUACCGCUUAUGGCUGCGGAGAACUAUGUGAACUAUCGACCGUCCCUGGCCGGGAGAGACGAUCAGGGAACGAAAAGAAUGGAACUCAUUGCGAAAGCGGCUGACAGCAUCUCGGUGGGUGACAUCGUCAACAAACAGGUGCGGCGGUCACAAACCUGGGCCCUGAUGCCCUUCGGUGCCUUCACAUCGACAAUCAAUGUUGCAGCGAUGAUGCACGGGCAAAGAGAGUCACUUGUACAAGGGCAAUAUAUGAAUCGUUUCCCUGCAUGGCUCGGAAAGAACUCCACAUCUGGAAAGAACAAAAGGUUAUUGGAUGAUGUGCAUGUUCACAUGAUGGCUUCGGGUGCAUGCAAGCCGACCAAGGAAGCGGUCCGGCUGGACUACAUGUUUACGUUGGUGGACAGACUGGUAAAACCACUUCGAGAAUGCGACAAAGUUGUUGCAGCGAGGAUGACGCUGGACUUCAUGGAGGAGUACGCGCUUACAGAUGAGGACAUGCAGGCGAUCCUCGAGAUGGUGCACAGCGACAAGAAAGCCAUGGAUGGCGUCCCCCCUCAAACGAAGGCACAGUUCACACGCGAGUACAAGGCGAGGUUGCAUGAACGGCGGAUUAAAUCAGCAGACCUUGCAGCUGAUCUCAUGGCGCCAGGUGGGAAGGGGAAAGCGCAAUCGAAGCAUAAAUUGCGCCCACAAUUGGAGGAAGCGGAGCCAGGGCUGUCGACUGAGGAUGGGGAUGAUGCAGAGCUCUUUGCCGCUGAAGAUGCAAAUGAAACAGAGGAGGAGGGGGAUGGAGAGGGUUCUGCAUUAACUGAACAAAAUGGAGGUAAUGAAUUUGUGAAAAUCGAAAUCAAUACGAAGGUUGCGGGGGCAGGAGGUAGAGCAGGUUCAAAAGGAGGAGGAAGAGGGGGAGGCGGUAGAGGGAGAGGCACAAAGAGAAAAGACCUGCCUGCAGGAGGAAGUAGCAGAGAUGCUGAGGUUGGCAAUAAUACACCAAGAGGAGGCAGCAGGUUCCAGCCGUCGUCAAGGAAGGGAAGGUAGGAUUGGUCGUGUACUUUCUUUUCGUGCUGAAGCGUAGGGUUGUUCGCAUAAACCGUGUCCGCAGGACUAUGUAUUGUUUUUUUCUUUAUUUGAGAAUAAAUAAUGUAACUGUAAUGUAGGACUGUACUACGGUGUGGAGGGCUUUUUGCUCCUUUUUUUUGUAUCAUUAAAGGUGCUCAUUUUCUCGUCUCUGUUUUGUUCCCUCUGUUUCAAAGCAUUGUCUACUCCAGGACUUCCCCAUUACUUCUCUUCCUUCUGGUUGUUCACUCCCUCCAUACAUACUUUUUUUUUUUUUUUUUUUUUCCAUACAUACUUUUAGGAUUGAGAGUUUUGUCUUCCUCUGGUGUUACGGUGCUGGUACCUGUUCCAAGCCACAGUUUCUUCUGAACCAUUUUUGCAUGUGUACAUCUGAGCAGUGCCCUCGAUC